GGAAACUUGACCGGUAUCUUUCGUUAUAUUUCGCCACUCACAAAAAACAGCCGACACAAAGCAAGAAGAGAGCGAGAGUGAGAGGAAACGGAACGACAAAGCGACAAGCAAGCAAGCCAGCAAGAGCGAGCAAGCGAACACGCAAGAGGAGGAAGACAGGCGCGGGUUGGUGAAGGCAGAGCAGACUGACCUGAUCGACAAGAGCAGGACCCAGACACACACGCAUACAUAAAAGGGCUUUCUUUUGUGUACACGAACAGGCAACGCAGUACGCACGCACACGGUUUCUCCUUCGCUUCCAUCGACACACAACACCAACACCAACAACCAUGUUCCGCAACCAAUACGACAACGAUGUUGUCACCUGGAGUCCACAGGGUCGCAUCUACCAGAUUGAGUACGCCAUGGAGGCUGUGAAGCAGGGAUCUGCAACAGUCGGUGUCAAGAACAAAACACAUGCCGUGCUUGUCGCUGUCAAGCGUAAGCCUUCGGAGCUUUCAUCACAUCGCCGCAAGGUGUUUGACAUUGACACGCACGUGUGCAUGUCCAUCUCUGGCCUGACAUCCGACGCCCGCUCUCUCGCGCGGUUCCUGCGUUCCGAGUGCACGAGCUCCAAGUGGGCCUUUGACGAGCCCCUCCCCGUCGGCAGACUUGUCAGCGCCCUCGGCGAAAAGCUGCAGCGGUGCACGCAGUUCUGGAGCCGCCGCCCCUUUGGCGUUGGACUUCUCCUGGCCGGCUAUGAUGCAUCUGGCCCGCACAUUUACGAGGUGCAGCCGUCGGCCAACUACUUUGACUGCAAGAGCAUGGCCAUUGGUGCCCGUUCCCAGUCUGCCCGCACAUACCUGGAGCGCCAGAUGACCGCCAUCGCAGACUCGGACCGCGCUGGGCUGAUCCGGCACGCGCUGCUUGCGUUGCGGGAGUGCCUGCCAAGCGAGGCUGAACUGACCAGCGAGAACGUGACGGUUGCCAUUGUAGGCAAGGACGAGCCGUGCAACAUCCUCCGCGAUGAGGCCGUCCAGCCGUACCUCGACACCCUUGAGAACGACAUGGACACGGACGCAUGAACGGGGCCACGAAUCUGGCCAGCGCCCCUGUUGCUUGCCGCUGCAAUGCAUCCCUCAUGCAGCAAGCCGCCUGAUCUUUCACGUUUGUUUGCGUGGUUUUGUCCACUCAUGUUUGUGCUCCUCUCUUGUUGUUCUCCUGUUGUCCUUGGUGUGUUUGGUGUGCGUUGUUCCUUUGCCUUGGGCACGUCCACGUUCCACAGCGCAGUACAUGCCCGGCACAUGCAGACA